AUUUUAUUUAAUUUGGAAAUUUUUACCAAAGACGUAUUUCCUUGCCUUAACUGCGCUGAAAACUGUUCAUGUUUUUGCACAUUGACAAUGAUGAAAAUUCUUAUCGCACUGAAGAAUCAAACGAAUAUGUGACUAACAACAUUGCUGGAACUAGUCAGCCUACUAACUCUGAGGAGAAUUGUGGAAAAUAUAUUACAAGUAAAACUUCUUCACUUUGUGUAUCUGAAAAAAAAAUAGAGGAAGUGGUUUUGCUAAACCACUAAACUGGAAGGGAAAUCACGAACCCAGUCACUUGUCCAUACCAACACCGGACCAAUGCCUAAUCUGAAAAGCAACAGUGGAGAUGAAUCAUAUAGUUGCAAACAAUUAGGGAAGAGCUUCAAAUCAAAGCGGAAUUUAAACAGGCAUAUGAGGAUUCCUCAAAGAGAUAAACCCUAUAUUUGUAAACAAUGUGGAAAAUGUGUUUCACGAUUAUCUAGUUUACGAGAGCAUGAGCGAACUCACACUGGCGAAAAACCUUAUGCUUGUAAACAUUGUGGAAAGGAUUUUUCACAAUUAUCUAGUUUACGUAGGCACGAGCUAAGUCAUACUGGAGAGAAACCUCAUAUAUGUAAACAAUGUGGAAAGUGUUUUUCUCGAUUAUCUCAUUUACAGAGGCAUGGAAGAACUCAUACUGGAGAAAAACCUUAUAUUUGUAAUCAAUGUGGAAAGUGUUUUACGCGAUUAUCUCAUUUACAAGGGCAUAAGCGAACUCAUUGCGGCAAAAAACCUGGUGCCUCUAAUCAAUAUGGGGAGAAAUCACAUGUUUGUGAAUAUUGUGGAAAGUGUUUUACGGAGUCAUCUAAUUUACAUGUGCACAAGAGAACUCAUACUGGAAAGAAACCGUUCGUUUGUAAACAAUGUGGAAAGAGUUUUUCACAAAUAUCUAUUCUACGAGCGCAUGAACGAACUCAUACUGGAGAGAAACCUCAUAUUUGUAAACAAUGUGGAAAGAGUUUUUCACAAUUAUCUGGUUUACAAGUGCAUGAACGAACUCAUACUGGAGAGAAACCAUAUUCUUGUAAACAAUGCGAAAAGUGGUUUUCAUAUUCAUCUGCUUUAUCAAUACAUGAGCGAACUCACACUGGGGAAAAACCUUUCAUUUGUGAACAAUGUGGAAAAAGUUUUACGCGAUCAUCUAGUUUACUUGUGCACAAGAGAACUCAUACUGGAAAGAAACCUUUUGUUUGUAAACAAUGUGGAAAGAGUUUUUCACAAUUAUCUAAUUUACGAGCGCAUGAACGAACUCAUACUGGGGAGAAACCUCAUGUUUGUAAACACUGUGGAAAGAGUUUUUCACAAUUAUCUGAUUUACAAGCGCAUGAACGAACUCAUACUGGAGAGAAACCUUAUGUUUGUACACAAUGUGGAAAGGCUUUCUCACGAUCAUCCACUUUAUCUGAACAUGAGAGAAUUCAUACUGGAGAGAAACCACAUAUUUGUAAACAAUGUGGAAAAAGUUUUUCACAAUUAUCUAAUUUACAUGUGCAUGAACGAACUCAUACUGGAGAGAAACCUUAUGUUUGUAAAGAAUGUGGUAAGCAUUUUGCACAUUUAUCCACUUUGCAUGCCCAUGAGCGAAGACAUACUUGAAAGAAUCCAAAUUACAUUGGUAUGAGCAAACCUAACUGUGUAAACAAUGUGUGAUGCGCUUUUUGAAUAGACUGCGUUUAGAAAAACAACAUAGGCAGGAAAACAACAGUUUGUGUGGGUUCCUUACAUAUUGGAUCGUUUGGAAGACGUUUUCCUUAUAUUUAACCUAAUCAUAAUGCAGGUAUAAGCUACUCAUAUUCUUUUGAAAUUUUGAUUGAAUUUAAAAAUAAAUAGUUUAAAAAGUCAAAA